UACUCAGCGUCAGUGUCGGUUUUAGCACUGAGUUUAUUCGGCAUUUUGCGUUCUCAUCGAACGGUCGUGUGCUCUGUCUGCGUGCUCUCCCAUCCGAUCCGAUCCGAUUCGAUCAGUUGCGUUACGAUCCGAUUCGAUUCGCCAGUGCGUCAGUCAGUCAGUCAGACAGUUAGUUACUUUGUUUCGCCGCGUUUCGCGAUUCGCAGCUGCGAAAAUCAAAAUCAACGCGGCAAAAGUGAUUUUUGUAAAUUUUUGGCUCUGAUCGUGCCGUACCGUGUGAAGUGCGUAAAGUGAGAGAGAGGCGGAUAACAACCCUCAACCCCUCCGAUUGUGUUCUCUAGGUCUGAAACGGACAGCCGACCAUUUAUGUCUUAUAAAAGAUAAGACGACAGCAAUUAGAUAAAUCCAUCCGUCAUCCAUGGAGCGCCUUCAUCUGCCAGUUUUGCUGGCUCUCCUGCUUUGCGUGUGUGGAGCAAUUGCCUCCCCUGCUCCUGUUCCUGCUGCUGCUCCUUACCACUGCCCCGAGGACUGUACGUGCACCUUGUCGCAGCACACACACAUUCAGACGUUGCACGCCAAGUGCCAGAGCACAAAGGGAUUGAAGUUAAGAGAGGAACCAGUGCAAGCAUCGAUACCAUCGAUACCGAUACAUUCCAUCGAUCUGUCGUAUCUGGGAUUGACCCGACUGGGACAUGUGCUGGACCAUCUGGUGAAUCUGACCUCGGUGGACUUGUCGCACAACGAACUCCACGAGAUCGGACACUUGAGCAAACGCAUCAAGAAGCUGAACCUCAAACACAAUCGACUGACAUCCGUGAAGCUGCUGAAAUUGCCACAGCAUUUGCAGGUGCUAAAUCUGCAGCACAAUGAUAUCACGUAUCUGCCAAAGGAAUUGACACAUCUGCAACACUUGCAACAGCUGGAAUUGGGUCACAAUAACAUCAACUGUUCCUGCAGCACUCUGGAAGUGCGUAAUUGGCUGCAGGAGCAACAUGUCUAUAUGGACAAGGCCGUCAUUUGCCAUCAACCGACGGAGGCACGUGGCAAGUCCUGGUUGCAACUCAAGCAGUCGGAGAUUUGUGAGAAGGAGCGGAACGGUUGGUAUGCCAACGAUGUCGAUGAGAACGAGCUGAUGUUGGGCAAUCAAUCGUUGGAGGAGGAAGAGGAGCUGCAGGAACUGGGCACGGAUUACCUUUUGAUCGGUAACAAACGAGCCGUGCGGCAGGCAACAAUGUCGGAGUCGGCAGCGGAGCCGGCAGCGCCAAUUGUGAGCGAUGUGGAAGGCUCCGGUGAUUUGAGUGAGACCCAUAUGGAAAAUGUUGCUGCCUUUUCAGCAGGCAGUUCAGUAGAGGAACCCAAAACGCAGGCAUUGCAGCAGGAUGAACCGGAGCCGGAGGAGGAGGGAUCCGGCAGUGGUGACGGCAUUGUGGACACACCACAUGUAGUCGCUGGUCCACACAAUCCCGAUGACUUUGAGCCAACAGGGCCAAAGGACAACGAUAGCGAUAACGAUAACGAUGGGGAUAAGGAUUACGAUAACAAGCCGGUGGAACAGCCAGCGACACCUUCAGCGGAUAUAUUCAAGAAUAAUAACCAGGGCAUCUUUGAGCAGAAUCCCGAGGAAGUCAGCGAGGAACCGAUUGUGCCGGUGGUACAUACCAACCUGGACACGGCCGUUCAAGACGAUGUGGUCACCGAUGGUCCGCUGUCGCCGGAGAAGCCCUCAGAGGACAUAUUGGCCGCCAAGGUGGGCCGAAAGGAUGACAGCAGUGCCAUUUAUUAUCUGCUCGGUGUAAUUGCUCUGAUUGUGGUGGGCUUGAUCCUCUUUGUGGCCAUCAAGCGUUGCAAGUACAACAGCAAUGCGGCGGCCAGGGAUGCCGAGGCACAACGACAGACGGAGCUGCUGGACAUGGACAAGAAGAACCUGGGUAAGCCGCUGACACGCAAUGGACACGAGCAUUCGCCAUUGAUUGGCGAGAAAUCCAAGUCGGAUGAGGCACAGAUCGUGAAUGGGUCGGGCAAGAAGCCCUACGACAGCAAGGACAAUGCCGGACAACAGCCACUGCUGAAUGGCAAUGGUACGGCCAAUGGUGAUGCCAAGGAUGUGCCCACCAUCAACGAACCGAGCACUGGAGAAACCGCACCACACGAGUACUAUCCGAUCACCCCUCGCUAUCCGACGCCGCAGUCGCCGCGUGCCUCCAAGUACGCCCAACAUCCCCAGGGAGAGCAGGCAGAGCAGAACAACAACAACAACAACGAGCUGGAUGGCGCCUAUCUGCCCUCCUCCCCGAAAUCGGGUCGCUAUUCGCCAGUGUAUUCCCCGGAGACGGGUCGGGUGAAGAUCAAGCUGACGGAGACGCCGAAGCCGAAGACUCCGAUGUUGGUCACUCGCAGCAAAUCGAAUGCUGGUGACAUAAUCACAACACCCGUUCAAUCUGGCGGUUACCUGGAACCCACACAUCAGGUGGCAGCCCUGGCCGCAGGUCCCAAUGGAUUCGCCAACCACUGAUUGCCUCCUAAUCGAGUGCAGCCAAAUCCCAAUCCCAAUCCCAUGUAACUUAUAACGAUUCCCUCGACGAAUUACGAAAGAUAAUGCCAAGAAAUAUUCAAAUUGGA